AUGAGUAAAGACGAAAGUAUUUCUGAUGAUUUACCUGUUUCUGAAACUUUUGAAGAUUAUUUUCUGCUGAAAUAUAAACUAUAUCAAGAUGAAGAAGAGGAAGUUCAACAUAUCAGAAACUGA